AUGCGCGCUCGCGUGGUCGUGGUGCUGCUCGCGUGGUCGUGCGCUGGCGCCCGCCCGCAGUUCUACCCCAGUGGGCAAAAGGAAGAGGUCGAUAUGGGCGCCGUUGCAGGCGAAGAGUGCGCGGCUGUGGGCGCCGUGCGUGCCGCCCGCCACUGCCCCCGCAGCCGUGCGCGCGUCGCGCUGGGCCCGCGCCCGCCCCGCUGCGGCUUCCGGGGCUUCGACGAGCUCGUCUGCUGCCGCGCCCCGCGCCGCCCGCCCGCGCCGCCACCGCGCCGCCCGCGCCGCGCCCGGCCGCGCCUCGCCCAGCGCACAAGGUCUUCUGGAGGUAACGUAGAAUCAAUGGUCUCGUCUACAAGGGUGGGUCUGCGGCCGGUGGCGCUGCGCCUGGGCGCGACGCGGCUGGACGGGCAGGGCGAAGGCGACGGCGCGGGCGAGCGGCGUGACUCGGACUACGGCGUGGCGGCCGUGGCACUGCACCCUGAACACGACCGGCGCUUCCGCUACCACGACCUGGCGCUGCUGCGCACGGCCCGGCCCGUGGCGCUGUCGCCGCGCGUGCGCCCCGCCUGCCUGCCCGCGGCGCCCGGCGUGCGGCCCGAGGAGGGCGCCCAAGCUUUGAGCCCAGCCGUGACCUGAGGAAGGUGCAGCUGACGGCGGUGGAAGCGGGCGAGUGCGACCGGCUGCUGACCUCCCGAUCCAAGAUCCCUCACGGCAUCGACGACAGCAUGCUGUGCGCCUCCAGCGCCGCGGGCGAAGACACCUGCCGGGUAAGCCCCAGUGACUCCGGGCGCGGGCGCUCGGGGCAGGGCGUGCUGUUUGUCAGCUAGCGGCGCCGCCCCCGCCGGGACAAGCUCUGAGUUCCCGACCGGUCCCCCGGUGUGUAGAGGUGAGAGCAAGGGGAGAGGUAGGAAAGAGGUCCGUGGCCCGUUUGUAGGGUACCGCUCCGGCAUUCGCCUGGCGUGGAACGGAGAAACCUCGGAAGACUACCGAUCAAAGCAGUCGCCCUCUAGAAUUCUCCUCCAGACAGAGGCUUAAUUCGACGAAGUUAUGAAGGUAGUUGUCGAAAACCCUGCUACCGUCGGGACUCGAACCUAGGACCUCCCGGUCAGUGGGCCCGGAGGGAGAGCAGUGACGUCAGUUGAUGCCCUGAGCCACCUCCCUCGGUCCAUGUGGUAGUGAUUUACGCUGUAGAUAUAGGAGUGGCGACUUAGCAGUUGUAACAUGUGCUCUAUAGACUUCAUGUCAAAGCCAGCUUUGUCGUUGUCCCUGCAGCGACUUCCACCGGUAGCCCGUAGCGUUUGAGUCCGGGCGGAUGUGGAUUAUCGACGUAGGUCGAAUUCAACCGUUGUCCACCUUACAGUAGACAAACGGGCCACGGGUUGCACGCGAUCGUUCCUUCCUCUUC